UUGCAUUGAUAAAGAUCAAGCAAGCGAUAGUGAGAGGUAUCGAGCUCAAGAAAAUGUGCCACAAACUCGAGACAACAUCAGGAAGAUUUGUAUGUGUAAAAACUCCGCCGGACCGCAAGUUGCCUGUGCACGCUGUGGCAAAACGUUUCCAAAUAGCGAAGAGUAUUGUCCGCACUGUGGCAAGCCAAACCCUUGUUACGGUCCACUAGGUGCUGGUACAAGUGUGAAGAUACGAAAAUGUGGCACAUGAAAACGUUGUUGAAACUGCGAGACAACUAAAUCAAAUAAAAUAAAAAUUUAAAUAACAAUUACGCCUGAGGGUAUGCUACUGCAGCACACAUUCGGUUACUCACCGAUGAUUUGGUUGCAUAAGAUUCACUUGAAUGCUUGCAUGACGGCAGUUUUGAAUAAUCUGGUAAAAUUAUUGUAAACUGCUCACCAUGUAUUACAUGAAACUCAAAUCCAAAAUCCAAGACUCAAUUCUCUCGAAAAAUGCUGUCACAUUAUUUUCAAUAUUUUUUGGAAGUAAUAACUGAAAAUUGUUGUGUGUCUCGUCAAAAUUAAUGUUUUAAAUAAAUAAAAAAAAAUAUUUGUACUACACUCCAUCCGCCACCGAUCGGCGCAAGCAGUGCACAUUUCGUGUCAUGAUCAACCGUGAUGGGCAGCGGAGAAAGUCGACCUCGCUGCAGAGCAGCCUGUGCCAAAACCAGCUGUUGCAACAGCAGAAGGCGCCAUCACAGCAGGCAAAGAGAGAAAAAUAAUGGCCCUUGCUAUUAUUGCCAUCCAGAGUGUUGUCCCACUUAUCCCGAAUUUACGCUAUCCACCAGCGGCAUUUGCUACGUGCAGUGCGACUUUUGUUGUCAAAUCUAUCCCUGCUGCUGUGCGCAAUGUCCCAAUUGUGGUUGUCGGCGAGUUAAGUGCAAGUCUAAAGAGGUAGAAAUUCCGCCGAUAGCGUUUUGUCCCUGCUGCCGCCAGGAGGCGCCCAAAGCCAACGGACUACAACAUCUUUAUACACCCAAUCCCUGUUGCGCGUGUCAAUGCGCAAGCGGAGACCAGGAACAAAUCGCCAAAUGCUUAUUGCGCUCGUAUAAACUGCCGCGUGGCAAGGGCCGAAAAUGUUGUCAGUGCAAGCAACGAAAAAGGGAAAAAAGGAGCAAACAAAACAGGGAUCGAAGUAAGAGCGAGAGUAAGAGCUUUCAUUACCCGGCUGAAAAAAAAGGCAAUCUCUCCGUUUGUAAACCCGGCACAAGCGCCGCCUGUUGCUCGCCGCCACAGCGCGCAGAUGUUUGUUGUUACGAGCGAACUAAAGCGUCGGUGCCUCCAUGUGCAACAAACCCGAAUGCUAAUGCUACACGAACACAACAAGAACAAUGCCAAAGCUCGCGUACGCCAUCUACUAAAGCCGAAUGUCAACGAAAUAUUGCGACUUCUCCUCGUAAUAGCAAAGCACGAAAGAAACCUCGCACUGCAAAUAAUCCAUCUCUGUUGUGUUGUCCUUGUGGUCGUGAAGUCGAAAUCCGGAAUAUAACUUACGAACUGCCUGUUUGUCGGGCCGAUGAUGGAAGCGGUCGUUGCCAGCAGUAAGCGCACAAAAAUUUCACAAAAUAUACAUGUAUUUGACGUUUUGAAGACACUCCUGAUAUGUAACGAAAAAACCUUAAAACAGCAAAAACUUCCGAAUGUACCGGCGCUAAAUUGAGUAAUGGGAUGUAUAAGUAGUUGUCCAUGCCGGAAUAACAGGCGACGUGGUAGAAGUCAUGGAUCGAGAAAUUCAUACGGUCAUUCAAGUCGCAGUUCGCAGCGCCAACGUUAUCCCACGAGUCAACCAUGCGAGAGAACACGAGCGCCCGCGCGUAGACAACCAAAACAGGAUUGUUGCUGUAAUACCGUAAAUCUCUCCUAUCAAUAUCCGCAACAACGUCAAUAUCAAUAUCCACAACAAACACAGUCGGAUUGUUUUACAGACAUUUCGGAUAUGCUCUCGCAAUUUUCGAAUGUUUCGGAAAUGCCGCCGUCCAAUAUGGAUUGUUGCAGCACCACAACGCAAGGCGAUCGCGGUUAUGACAGCGAAUGUGAUUGUGACAAUGUGGUGCAACGAAAAGAUGAUGUUGGUUGUAAAACUGUGGUUUGUCUCACUUUCCAUCCGCCGCGACGGAGGAAGAACUGUUAAUGAGCGAUUGUUGCUGGUGUAGUGACCGAAGCUCAACAUUAACUACGUAUAAUCGCUAAUAAAUUUCUACAAUCGUCGGAAAACCAGAAGAAACGACUAUCAAGUUACGGGAAACAUAUGAACGGGCGUAAGAAACCAUAGUGCAAUAGUAAGGAUGCAACCCUGUAGAUAUUUAACUACCAUACAUUUACCUACAAAUGUGUCGUUUUAAAGCGAAGCUCAUUGCAGGUGAGCAGCACUUUACAAUGGCACUUUUGUGGUGAAUCUAUGUGAAUAAUUUUUCUCAUCCUGCUCAUCCGUAUCUAAUAAACAUAAUUAUCGAAGUUUAUCGUAGCAAUUUCUCAGCAUAAAUUCACUGGAUAGAACAAUAAAAAUAUACUUAAAUUGUAAUCAAAUUAAGCACACAAUAAAUA